AUGGACAGUCCCAGUCGUGUGUAUCUCUUCGGAGACCAGACUGCGGAUUUCGACUCGGGGAUCCGGCGCCUUUUGCAUGCUAAGAACGACUCGCUGCUGUCGGCAUUUUUCCAGAAGUGCUACUAUGCCUUGCGCAAGGAAAUUACUGCACUGCCGCCAUCUGAGCGGCAGAAGUUCCCUCGCUUCACCAGCGUUGUUGAUCUGCUCGCUAGAUACCGAGAGUCGGGACCAAACGCGGCCUUGGAGAGCGCAUUGAUGACAAUUUACCAACUGGGAAGUUUUAUUCACUACUACGGCGAUUUGGGUCAUGCCUAUCCGUCGGGAGACGAGAACUGCAUUAUUGGUCUUUGCACCGGUCAGCUUGCAUCUGCAGCUGUCAGCUCUUCGAAAACAGUCGGAGAGCUUAUUCCAGUCGGCGUUGAAACCGUGGUGCUUGCUUUGAGACUCGGUAUCUGCGUCCUAAAGGUUCAGGAUCUUGUAGAAACGAACAAGUCACCAGGAGCAAGCUGGUCUGUGCUAGUUUCUGGCAUGCGCGAGCCCGAGGCUCACGAGCUGAUUCAACAGUUUGCGAAGACGACUGCUUUGCCCCGUGUGUCCCAGCCUUACAUUAGUGCAGUUAGUCAAAAUGGACUCACAAUCAGUGGCCCUCCAACAUUCCUUGGCCGUUUCAUUGAGAUCAACCUCACCAAGGAACACAAGCCAAUGAGGGUCCCGAUCCACGGCCCAUACCAUGCUUCUCAUCUGUUUGAUGACAGAGAUGUUAACCGUAUCAUGGAAUCUUGGCCCAAGGAAGAGUUCGCGAGCUAUGUGCCUCAGAUUCCUGUUCUCUCCUGUGAGACUGGCCAUGAGCUCCAGGCCGAGAGCCUGGAGCAGCUCUUGAAGUUCUCCCUCGAGGAGAUCUUGCAGCGUCAGCUUUGCUGGGACAAGGUUAUUGAAUCUUGUCAUUCGAUAUUGGAGACUGCUACGACAACAUGCACAUUGCUUCCAAUCUCUAGCACUGCUACCCAGAGUCUGUUUAACUCGUUAAAGAAAGCUGGAAUCUCCAACCUCGAAGUUGAUGGCUCCAUCGGCGAGGUUCAAAAUGACUCUGAGGCUGAGAACCGCACUGGCCGUGCUGAACAAUCCAAGAUCGCGAUCAUCGGUCUUUCGGGCAGAUUCCCAGAAGCACCUGACACCGAAGCAUUCUGGGACCUCUUGUAUAAAGGAAUGGAUGUUCACCGUGAAGUUCCCGCCGAGCGAUGGGAUGUAAAGGCCCAUGUCGAUAUGGAAGGAAAGACACGAAACACCAGCCAGGUUCAAUACGGAUGCUGGUACAACGACGCAGGAAUGUUCGAUCCUCGUUUCUUCAACAUGUCUCCCCGUGAGGCUCUUCAGGCUGAUCCUGCUCAGCGACUCGCUCUCCUGACCGCUUAUGAGGCAUUUGAGAUGGCUGGCUUCAUCCCUGACAGCACUCCCUCUACACAGAAGAACCGAGUCGGUGUCUUCUAUGGAAUGACCAGUGACGACUACCGUGAGAUUAACAGCGGUCAGGAUAUCGAUACCUACUUCAUUCCUGGUGGUAACCGUGCUUUCACUCCCGGCCGUAUCAACUAUUACUUCAAGUUCAGCGGUCCCAGCGUCAGCGUUGACACAGCUUGCUCUUCAAGUCUCGCAGCAAUCCACAUCGCUUGCAACUCGCUGUGGAGAAAUGACUGUGACUCUGCCGUAGCUGGCGGUGUCAACAUCCUCACGAACCCUGACAACCAUGCAGGUCUCGACCGUGGCCACUUCCUCUCAAGGACUGGAAAUUGCACUACCUUUGACGACGGAGCUGAUGGUUACUGUCGAGCUGAUGGAAUUGGUUCCAUCGUUCUGAAGAGACUCGAGGAUGCUCAGGCUGAUAACGAUCCCAUCUAUGGUAUCAUCAAUGGAGCGUACACCAACCACUCUGCCGAGGCUGUUUCCAUCACCCGGCCUCACGUUGGAGCCCAGUCAUUCAUCUUCGAUAAGCUUCUCAACGAGUCUAACACCGACCCUAAGGAGAUCAGCUAUAUUGAGAUGCACGGAACUGGAACUCAGGCUGGCGAUGCAGUGGAGAUGCAGUCAGUUCUCGACGUCUUUGCUCCAGACUACCGUCGCGGACCAACCCAAUCUCUUCACCUCGGUUCAGCAAAGGCAAAUGUUGGCCACGGAGAGUCUGCCUCUGGUGUCACCGCUUUGAUUAAAGUGCUGAUGAUGAUGCGGAAGAACAUGAUUCCUCCUCACUGCGGUAUCAAGACCAAGAUCAACCACAACUUUCCAACGGACUUCCCUCAGCGGAACGUUCACAUUGCUCGAGAGCCUACCGCAUGGACCAGACCCAGUGGCGGGAAGCGCAAGACGUUCGUCAACAACUUCUCAGCCGCUGGCGGUAACACUGCUCUGUUGGUCGAGGACGGUCCUCUCAAUGAGUUAAAUGUGGAAGAUUCCCGGUCUACCCAUCCUGUGGUUGUCUCUGCACGAUCCCAGUCUGCCCUGAAGAACAACAUCUCUGCUCUCGUGCAGUACAUUGACACGAACAAGAACCAGUUCAAUGUCAACCCGGCCAGCCUUCUUGCCAACCUUUCUUACACUACGACCGCCAGACGUAUCCACCAUCCGUUCAGAGUCGCGGUUACUGGAUCUACACUGGAUGAGGUCAGAGGCGCAUUGGCUCCCAUUGUCAACCGUGAUAGCAUCAGCCCGGCUCCUGCUACCACACCUGGUAUUGGAUUUGUCUUCACUGGCCAAGGUGCUCAGUAUACAGGCAUGGGCAGCCAGCUGUUUGAGAGUUGCUCACUCUUCCGUACUCACAUCGAGCACUUUGAUCGCAUUGGUCAGAGCCAGGGCUUCCCAGCCAUUCUGCCCUUGAUUGACGGAAGCGUUCCCAUUGAGGAACACAGCCCAGUUGUCACUCAGCUCGGAACCACUUGCAUUCAGAUGGCCUUGACCAAGUACUGGACCUCCCUAGGUGUUGUCCCCACCUUUGUCCUCGGCCAUAGCCUCGGUGAGUAUGCUGCACUCAAUGCCGCCGGUAUCCUGACUACCAGUGAUACCAUCUAUCUUGCCGGUCGUCGCGCACAACUUCUCACCGAGCAAUGCAAGGUCGGAACACACGCCAUGCUUGCUGUCAAGUCUUCCGUGGCACAGGUGAAGCAGCUCCUUGAUAACUCAACUGAGGUGGCUUGCAUCAACGCUCCUAGUGAGACUGUCAUCAGUGGUGCGAGCGACAAGAUCGAUGAGCUGGCACAGACCUUGAGUAACGAAGGCUUCAAGGCGACCAAGCUGAAGGUGCCUUUUGCUUUCCACUCUGCUCAGGUUGAGCCUAUCCUGGAGAGCCUUGCCGAAAUUGCUAAGGGUGUUACCUUCAGCGAGCCUACUAUUCCCUUCGUCUCUGCUCUUCUCGGAGAUGUUAUCAAGGAUGACAGCAACGAGAUGCUUGGCCCCAACUAUCUGACUCGUCACUGCCGUGAGACUGUCAACUUUUUGGGUGCUCUGGAAGCUACCCGCCAUGCCAAGCUGAUGAAUGAUAAGACCCUCUGGGUUGAGAUUGGCUCUCAUACCGUCUGCUCUGGAAUGGUUAAGUCAACAUUCGGCCCCCAGGCAGCCACUAUGGCUUCUCUCCGUCGCCAGGAAGAUACAUGGAAGGUCCUGUCGAAUAGUCUUUCGGCGCUUUACCUUGCCGGUAUUGACCUUCGCUGGAAGGAGUACCACCAGGACUUCACCGCUGGCCACAAAGUCCUUCCACUGCCUUCAUACAAGUGGGACCUCAAGAACUACUGGAUCCCAUAUACCAACAACUUCUGUCUGCUCAAGGGUGCCCCGGCUACGCCAGCCGUUGAGGCCGCUCCAGUCUCUACCUUCUUGACGACGGCAGCCCAGAAGGUUCUUGAGACAACCAGUGACUCUUCUUCGGCCAUGAUUGUUAUUGAGAACGAUAUCGCUGAUCCCGAUUUGAACCGGGUCAUUGCCGGUCACAAGGUCAAUGGCGCUUGCCUUACUCCCUCAUCCUUGUACGCCGAUAUUGCCCAGACACUCGGUGAGUAUUUGGUGCAGAACUACAAGCCCGAGUGGAAGGACCGUGGUCUGGAUGUUUGCAACGUGACAGUCCCCAAGCCUCUCAUUGCUAAGGGUGGCAAGCAACUCUUCCGAGUCUCGGCCACUGCCAACUGGGCCGAGGAACACGCCAAGGUGCAAGUUUGGUCAGUCACCCCCGAAGGCAAGAAGAUCCUCGACCACGCCAGCUGCUCUGUCAAGUUCUUUGACACCAGCGCCUCUUCGAGUGAGUGGAAGCGAAGCGCCUACCUUAUCAAGCGAAGCAUCGAGCAUCUCCAAGAGAGCACUAUCUCUGGUCAGGCGCACCGCAUGAAGCGAGGAAUGGUUUACAAGCUCUUCGCUUCUCUGGUCGACUAUGAUGAGAACUACAAGUCCAUCCGCGAAGUCAUCCUUGACAGUGAUCAGCACGAAGCUACGGCUCUGGUCAAGUUCGAGGCGCCUCCUGGCAACUUCCACCGCAACCCAUUCUGGAUCGACAGCAUUGGUCACCUCUCUGGCUUCAUCAUGAACGCCAGCGACAACACCGAUUCGAAGAACCAAGUAUUCGUCAACCAUGGCUGGGACUCGAUGCGCUGCUUGAAGAAGUUCGACCCCAGUGUUACUUACCGAACUUACGUGAGGAUGCAACCCUGGAAGGACUCUAUCUGGGCUGGUGAUGUCUACCUGUUCGAGGGUGAUGACAUCGUCGCUGUGUAUGGUGGUGUCAAGUUCCAAGCACUUGCUCGGAAGAUCCUCGACAUGGCUCUUCCUCCUGCCGGAGGUCCUGCCGCUUCUGCUCCUAAGCCAGCUGCCGCUAAGCGCACUCCUGCUCCCAUCGACGUCCAGAAGGCGAAGAAGGGACCUGCCAAGAAGACUGCUGCGUCUACGCCCAAGUCUGCAGGACUAAGUCUCUCUGCUCGCGCCCUUGCAAUCCUUGCUGAAGAGGUUGGAUUGUCAGCAGCUGAGAUGACCGACGAUCUCAACUUUGCUGACUACGGAGUUGACUCUCUACUCUCGCUGACUGUCACCGGACGCUUCCGCGAGGACAUGGGGCUAGAUCUCGACUCCUCUGUCUUCGUGGAUCAGCCCACUGUCAAAGACUUCAAGCGCCUUCUGGCUCAGAUGGGUCCUGCCGAGAGCAGCAGCGAUGGAUCAAACAGCGAAGAAGAAACGUCCUCUGCCGCGUCCUCGACAGAUAUCUCUAGUCCAAACUCCAGCGGUCUUCCGACUCCUGCUAAUGAAAAGUCCAUGACACAUGGCACAGUCGAGCAAAACGACAGCAUGAAGCAGAUCACCGCAAUCUUGGCCGAGGAGAUCGGUGUUGAUCCCGCGGAGCUCGACGGCGAUGCCAACCUCGGAGAGAUGGGACUGGACUCAUUGAUGUCUCUCACAGUCCUCGGAAAGAUCCGCGAGGAAUUGGACAUGGAUCUCUCAGGAGAGUUCUUCAUCGAGAACCAAACCCUCGAUGACAUCGAAUCAACUCUUGACUUAAAGCCCAAGCCAGUCGCUGCAGAGGCCCUCAUCCUCCCCGAGCAAAUUCAGGUUCAGGCCCCGAAGUCCGCCCCCAGCACUGCAUCCAGCACUGCCUCCAGCACUGCCAUCCAGCACCCGCCGGCGACCUCGAUCCUCCUCCAGGGUAACCCCAAGACAGCGACCCAGAAGCUGUUCCUAUUCCCAGAUGGCUCUGGCUCCGCCACCUCUUACGCCACCAUCCCUGGAGUGUCCCCAGACGUGUGCGUCUACGGACUCAACUGCCCAUACAUGCGCACCCCUGAGAACCUUAAAUUCCGCCUAGAUGAGCUGACAGCUCCCUACGUGGCAGAGAUCCGGCGCCGUCAACCAACCGGCCCAUACAACUUCGGCGGCUGGUCCGCCGGUGGAAUCUGCGCCUACGAUGCCGCGCGUCAACUAAUCUUCGAAGAGGGCGAGCGAGUCGAGCGCCUGCUCCUCCUGGACUCCCCCUUCCCAAUUGGACUGGAGAAGCUUCCUCCCCGUCUAUACAGCUUCUUUGAUACCAUCGGGCUAUUCGGCGAGGGCAAGGCGCCUCCACCAAAGUGGCUGCUCCCCCACUUCCUAGCCUUCAUCGACUCCCUCGAUGCGUACAAGGCUAAGCCAUUCCCUUACCAAGACGCCCACCUGGCCAAGAAACUCCCCAAGACAUUCUUGGUCUGGGCUAAGGAUGGUGUCUGCUCCAAACCUGGUGAUCAGCGUCCUGCGCCUGCUGAGGAUGGAAGCGCUGACCCACGUGAGAUGCUUUGGCUGUUGAACAACCGUACUGACCUCGGUCCGAAUGGUUGGGAUACCCUCGUUGGCCCGAAGCAUGUUGGUGGCAUUACCGUUAUGGAGGGUGCCAAUCACUUCACCAUGACUCGCGGCGAGAAGGCAAAGGAAUUGGCUGCUUUCAUUGCUAAGUCAAUGGCUGCCUAG